AUGUUAACAAGAGGCGGGAAAACUACAGGCUUCUACCACUCCGAUAAACCUCUUGUCCAGCAAGCCCUCGCCCGAUCCCUCUCAUAUACCCUAGUCCCCUCCCUACCAGAGCAGAUGGUAUUACCCUUUCUAAGAGCAUUCUGGAUAACAAUGUCACGCGACUUCCACUCUCUGGACAGACUACGUCUGGACAAAUACCUGUUCUUAAUAAGAUGCUAUGUGGGUGUUUCAUUCGAAUACUACUUGAAGCGCGGAGGGAAAAGCAAACGCCAGGCCGGAAACAAUAGCACCGAAAACCAGAAAGCCAAGAAUAAAAGAAAGAGAGAAAGAGACGAGGUAGAUAGUGAAGUAAAUGGCGGUUCGACCUCGCGGCGCAAAACGUCAAGUACGUCUGCCGUACCAGUACGCGAGGGAGACGAAUGGGCCGAGCUAGAGGCGUAUCUCGACAUGCUAGAAGAUGGCCCACUAAGUCCGCUGAUUUUUGACCCGAAUCCAUCCAAACAGCUGUCAAACCAGGAAGAUGAGAACGGCGCAUUGAUUAAAGUGCCCAAGGGCCCGGAUGGGAUACGCUAUCAUCUCAUGGAUAUUUGGCUGGACGAGCUGGAGAAAUGCGCUACCGAGCCCGACGAGUCUAGUGCUGGAGACGAUGGGGAAUCUCCGGCUACAAAGCUAAAGGAGGGUGUUCCGAUGGAGUUAUUACUUCGACCAAUUGAGAGGCUGCAGUCUGAGAGCCCGAAUAAGACGGUUCGAAGCCGGGCUAAGGAGACGUUGGCUGACGAAAGGCUGAUCUCGUGGGGCGUGAGGGAGCCGGAGAAGGCUGACGAGGGCUCGGACGAGGAAGAAGAAUGGGGCGGUAUAGAGGAUUAA